CUGUGAAGAUGGAAAGACUGAGCCCCAGAGUAACUUGCUCACCUGUGAAGAUGGAAAGGUCACCUGUGAAGAUGGAAAGCUCACCUGUGAAGAUGGAAAGCUCACUUGUAAAGAUAGAAAGCUCGCCUGUGAAGAUAGAAAGACCUGCAAGCCCCAAGUUAGGUCUUGAAACGGUUAAGUCUGGAAUCAAAUCUCUCGAAAGUUUUGCAGAACUGGAUAUUCUUCCUUUGGAGGCGAGGCCAGUGCUCAAGCGUGAUGUGGGAAUAACGGCCAACAUAAUGGAACAGGGCAACAGCUUUGUAAAUUAUGAAUGCUUGAUGGAGAAGGAGUGUUUAGACAUGGUGAAGGUGGAUGAGGACAUGCAGCGGCUGCUCAUUCAGACACUGCACGUGCUGAACAGGAAGCUGACCAAAUAUUACAGUGACGGUGAUGGGCUGAACGCUGCUCCUGAUGGUGUUAUUACUCCUCUCACAAUAUUUGCAGAGAAGAUUGAGCAACUCAUCAGUGAGCUGAGUGUAAUUACCUCUGAGAGAGGUGUAGCAAGCCAUAAGCCGCAUGGAGGUGUAUGGGAAGAGGCGCUCACUGAGGCGAGGUUUGGCACCUUGCCACAGACUGCUGUGGACACCGUGGUGGAGCCCCUCUUGUUUAACUGUGCAGAAUAGUUACUAUAUGGCUACAUCAUGACUGCCAUAUUCCACUAUUAUCAAAUUAGUUUUUUUGUUUCCUAGAGGAAAGAUUAUAAGUACUAUAAUUUGUAUUUGUGAUAAACAUUUAAGAGAAUUAUUACAUACUACAUUAGCUGUUAAUUUGACUUAAGCUAUUGGCAACUGGUGCCAGUGUGGGGGAUUUGAUCACAUCUGGAAGUCUGUGGUUUAUUGUUUACUGUCCUCUCAGUAGCAGAGAAUUUUCCAUUUUGUUGAAUUCUGAAGCUUUGUUUACGAGGGAAAAAUAAAGAUUUUGCGUUUUUGAACAUGGAUCAUUUAUUGGACUACUCUCAUCCCAUUACUGUACCUGCAUUUUGAGUGAUGCACUUUUUUAAUGUAAACAUGUUUAAUAAAGUAUUGAUGGUA